AGCCACAACCUCAAAAGUACUGUAAUCCGACUCUUCAUACGGAUAUCGAGACAAGGGGCCAAUCAAAUUGAAUUGUGAGGGGAAGAGCAAACAUGGUCAAAAUAUCGGUGCUGCAGCAUGCACCAUCCUCGCACUUACCAAUGAGGCGGGGGGAUCCUACGCCCACAUCCCGGAAUCUCGACCCAUCCAUGCACCCCUUUUCCAAAGCGCGCGAACGCAAACGAGCGCUGAACGCCGCGAAACUCGAGCGCAUAUUCGCCCAGCCCUUCGUAGCCGCGCUGGAAGGGCACAUCGAUGCCGUGGAAGUGCUCGCGAAGAAGCCGGAGAGCUUGACUGCGGUCGCGAGUGGGAGCUGGGACGGAGAGAUUAUAUUACAUGACUUGGCUCGGAGGACGCAGCUGUUGAGGUUCAAUGGGGCGCAUAAGGGGAAAGUAUCAGGGCUUUGUUGGGCUGACGAGGAGAGACUGUUGAGCUGCGGAGUGGAUCGGACUGUAAAGCUGUGGCGUGCAACAGAUGCAGAGAGUUCCUCGGAGCCAUUAUCUGUUUUCCCUGGGAAGACAGUUUUCAACUCAAUAGACCAUCACCGGACAGACCCGUUAUUUGCCACCGCAUCGAACAGUGUGUUGAUCUGGGACGAGACAAAGAGUGCCCCGAUAUCCGACCUCACCUUCCCCACCUCAACCGAAACCAUCACCUCCGUCCGCUUCAACCUCUCCGAGCCCUCCGUGCUCGCCAGCAUCGGCACCGACCGGACCUUCACGCUCUACGACAUCCGCACCGGCAAGGCAGAGCGCCGCACGAUCAUGCAGAUGCGCAAUAACUCGCUGUCGUGGUCGCCCACGUUCCCUACCUCCGUCCUCCUCGCGUCCGAGGACCACAAUUUGUAUACGUUCGACAUCCGGUCGAUGGCUUCGCCGACGCAGAUUUACAAGGCGCAUGUAGCCGCUGUGAUGUCGUGCGACUGGAGCCCGACUGGCCUCGAGUUCGUGAGCGGCAGCUGGGACCGGACGGUCAGAAUAUGGAAGGAGGGUGUGGGCAGGUCGCCCGAGGUGUACCACACAAAGCGGAUGCAAAGAGUGCUGUCGACGGUGUUCACCUCCGACGCGCGUUUCGUGGUGUCCGGCUCGGACGACGGCAAUGUGCGCAUCUGGAAAGCGAAGGCGCACGAGAAACUCGGGAUCAUCACCGCGCGCGAGCGCGCCGCGAUCGAGUACCGCGACACGCUCAAGGAGCGGUGGAAGCACGACGCGGAGGUCGGGAAGGUACAAAGGAGCCGCCAUGUGCCGAAGCCGGUCUACAAGGCCGCCGAGCUCAAGCGGACGAUGUUGGAGGCACAGAGGGUCAAGGAGGAGCGCAGGCGGAAGCAUACGAGGGCGGGGGCGAGUGUGCCCAAGGCGGAGAAGAAGAAGGUGGUCAUUGCAGAGCAGAGCUAG